AUGUCGGUUAUGGAAGGCGCCUACUGGACCGUGCGUAUAUUUCCUGCACAAACGAUAGUUCAGCGCCGCUUCGCCUUGGAUUAUAAUAACAUGUUUCCGAAACAUUUAGCCAACAUGCAGGGCCAACCAUUACGUAUAUACGCCAAGGCCUGGUAUCCGCAAAUCUACACCUUUACACCGGCGAAGGGUAAUUCCACAUUGAGUGGCUUUUUGGGCAGAGCUUUGUUGGAAUAUGCGAAAGUGCAUAAUGCAACCAUUGAAUAUCCAUUAACUUUGCAUCGAAAAUUUUACACUUAUUCCGAAUUUUAUGAUUUCUUUGAGAACAAAACCAUUGACAUCGGCUCCCUAACACCCAUCGAAGUCACAGAUCGAAACGUUAGUUUCUCCGUUGUAUUUCAUCGCAUCGACUGGUGUCUGAUGGUGCCGAUGGAGCAACCACUGCUGAAGUCCAGAAUCUAUUACAGUAUUAUUCAGAAGACCGUUAUUAUUUUAUUUAGUGUUUGUCUAAUGUUGACCUCCUGCCUUUGGGCAUUCAUAAUGCGUUGGCAAUCUGAACAGCCACCAUCACUUAUUGAACACUUCUUCAAUGUUUCACUGUUUCAGGGUUUGCUCGGCAUGCCCUUUCGCAUGAAGAGACGCAUCUCAGGGGUGCACAAGAUUAUAUGCCUCACCAUCUCUUUGGCGAGUGUGCUCAUUGUCACCGCAUACAUCACUUACCUGCAGAGUUUCAGUGUGAAUACACCAAUCACUGGCCAAUUGGAGACUAUUGCGGACUUACUUAAUGCCGGCAUUAAGUUAGCCAUUAGCAGGGAGGAAUUGAGUUUGAUACACAAUAAUUGGGAAUAUCGCAAAUAUAUUCGGAAUUUUACCGUUUUCGAUAAUUUCACGGAAUUCCUCAUACUGCGCGAUUCCCUCGAUACGGGCUAUGCAUUUACGGUAACCGAUAUGUGGACCAUCUACGAUGAACAACAAAAGUACUUCUCGCGUCCUCUAUUUCGCCUAUCAGACAUUUGUUUCAGCCGAAACUAUCCAAUGGUUUUACCGUUGCAAGAGAGUUCCGUACAUCGCCAUCAUUUAAAUGGAUUUCUCGCACGUCUACACGAAGCCGGCCUGAUAAAUCAUUGGACACGACAUAGUUUUUACGAAUUGUUGCAAAUGGAUUGGAUUUUUUUGAAAGAUCCAAACCAACACCACGGUUUUAAACCAUUGAAAUUAGAGGAUUUGAAUGAAAUAUUGGUGGCUAUGGGUAUAUUGUUUACUUUGUGUGUCCUUUGCUUUGUAUUCGAAUAUUUUGGUGCUACGAUUAACAAAAUUACUCGCUUAGCUGUGAGAAUUGUGAAAAGAAGAAAAUAUAAAAAGUGA